AUGUCUCAUAACCAUAAUUUAUCAGUCAAUUCAAUCAAUUCCAUCAUUGAACCAACCACCCCUCCAAAUCAUUUGAAUGGUACAGGUUAUCUAUCAGGUGCCAAUGGAUCGUUAAGAACAGUUAGUGGUGGUGCUGUCAAUGUUAACCAGACCAAUAAUAAUAAUAAUGGAAAUAUCAAUAAUAAUCUUCAUCAAAAUCAAUCCACUCCUAUAUUAAAUCAUCAUCAUGGUAAAUCAGGUUCAAUAUCGUCUAAUAUCUUUAAUCAAAAUAUCAACUUUGUUACUCCUCCUUCCAGUAAUGGGAUUAAUAAUAAGUCUGGAUUAUGGGAUUCUUCCAAUAAAUUGAAUCAUAACUUGAAUCUCCCAAAUUUCAAUAUUGAUGGUAAUAAUACCAAUAAUCAACUUCAUCAACAUCAACAACAGCAAUCUAAUGUCAAUGACGUGGCUGUGGUAACCCCACCUCACGAAGAUGAUCAACAAUCUCAACAUCAAGCUAAUAAAUCAUUAUCAACAUCUCCUGUACCUCCUAUCAAUGGUUUAACUUCUUCAUCUACAUCUACUUCAACUACUCCAGCUCCAGCUAAAAUUGAUAAAGAAUAUCUUGCUUCUAUUAAUAAGAUCCCCUUGAUUCAAAUAAAAUCAGAAAUUCUUAAACUAUCGAAGGAUCAAUAUGGGUGUCGAUUUUUACAAAAGAAGAUUGAUGAGAAUUUAAUCCCAAAUUUCCAAACUAGACAAGCUAAUUUUGAAAUCAUCUUUGAACAAAUCAAUCCUUAUCUUUAUGAAUUAAUCAUUGAUCCAUUUGGCAACUAUCUUAUUCAAAAAUUGAUUGGAUAUUGUAGUCAAACCAAUCUUAAUCUUUGUUUGGAAAUUUUACAAUUUAAUUUAUUUCAAAUUUCAAUCAAUCAACAUGGUACCAGAGCUUUACAAAAGAUUAUUGAUAAUUUAACCUUACCUUAUCAAUUAAGUUUGUUAAUUAAAGGUCUAAAACCAUUUAUUAUUAAAUUAAUUAAAGAUUUGAAUGGGAAUCAUGUGAUUCAAAAGAUUUUAAAUAAAUAUAAUCCACAAGAUUGUCAAUUCAUCUAUGAUUCAAUCAUUGAUGAUUUAUAUAUCGUGGCCACUCAUAAACAUGGUUGUUGUGUGUUACAAAAAUGUUUGAAUCAUGUUGAUAUCACUCAAUUGAAUCAAUUUAGUAAUGCCAUUUUGAACUUUAAUAAUUUCACUAGUCUUAUUAAUGAUCAAUUUGGUAAUUAUGUCUUACAAUACUUGAUCCUGCUUAAUAUUAUUGAUAUUAAUUUACAAAUCUAUGGUAACUUUUUGAAAUUUGGGAUUGAAAAUCUUUGCAAUUUAAAAUUUAGUUCGAAUGUGAUUGAAAAAUUUUUAAAGAAUUGUUAUAAUCGUGAAAUUUACCUGCAAGAAUUUUCUAAAUUGAAAUUGAAUUUAUGUCAUCAGAUUUUAAUUCAAGAUUUGAAUAAAUUGAUUAAUGAUCCUUAUGGAAAUUAUGUGAUUCAAACUUUAAUUGAUAUUAUUAUUCAUUCUCAAGUUGAUUAUAUUUAUAAUUCUCAAUUGGUUGAACAAUUACAUAAAUUAUUACCUCCUCAAUCACCAUCAAUGGAGAAUGAUUAUUCAAAAUUAUCCAAUUUAGAUUUACAAAUUUUAAUUAUCAAGUAUUGGUUUUUAAAUUGUAAGAUUAUUUCAAGUUUUGGUAAACGUAUUCAAUCAAAGAUUAAUAAUGUUAUAAAUGAAACUUCACCAUCUUCAAAUGCGUCUUCAUCUUCUUCCAUUAAAAAUAAUAGAUCUUCAUCUUCAUCAUCUUUGGAUUCUUCAGGAAAAUUUGCUCCAAACCCACUUCAACAACAUCAACAUCAAGGUUCAACUUCAUCUACUUCUUCAGCUGCAUCUUCAUCAUCUCAACAACAUUAUAGAAAUUCUAGAACUAUGUCAAAUGAUAGUGUUUUAAAACCAUCUGUGAAUAGAAACUUAUCCUUACCGGUAAACAUGUAUAACUACGAACAAUCUAAGCAACAACAACAGCAACAGCAAGCUCUUCUUCAACAACAACAGCAGCAACAACAUUUACAGCAAGGUCAACCGUCUAAUGUUGCUGCUUAUAAUGACUUUACGAUCAAUGAAUUUCCUUUUGGAUUUCCGCCCCAACAACAACAACAGCAACAUCAACAGCAGCAGCAAUUUUAUACCCCACUUCCAUCUGCUUCUGGAUCUCAUCAACAUAAAAUGUCAUUAUCAGAUAAUGUCAUCAACCAACCUCAACCCAUGACUCAUUAUACUACUACUAAACCUCAAAGUGGUGGUCAAUACCCAACUCCUCCACCAAUGAACUAUCAGUACCAACAAUCUGUUAAUGGUAUGCCACAACAGCAACAACAGCAACAAGCGCCCCCACAACAACAACAACAACAACAAUUGGGCCCUUCUGCUAUUCCAAAUCGUCCGAACCACAAUCAAUAUGCUACUUAUAAUGGUCCAGUUGGUAAUAAUAAUGGUGCAAGCUAUUACUAUAAUGCUAGAACUCCAUCAUUUUCAGCUGGCAGUUCAAACAAUGCAUAUCCACAAGUUGGUGCACCAGGACAAGGACCAAAUGGGUCUAAUCACUUAAAUUCGAAUAAUUCUACUCCAGGUGGACCAAUUCUUGAAAGUGCUGGUGGCAAUGUUCAUGGUGGUUGGAUGUAG